AUGUCCCAGAAAGCUCCCAUUCCCCAGAACGACAAUGUUGCCCACGCCCUUGCCGGCGCCGGUGGCGGCAUCUUGUCUAUGGUUCUGACUUACCCUCUCAUCACCCUGUCGACCCGCGCCCAAGUCGAGUCCAAGAAGGCCGAAAGCAAGUUCGUCGACGCUGUCCAGAAGAUCAUUGCCCGCGAGGGUGUGGCCGGUCUCUACUCCGGCAUCAACUCUGCCCUGUUCGGUAUCAGUGUUACCAACUUUGUCUACUACUACUGGUAUGAGUGGACCAAGGCCUUCUUCGAGAAGGCUGCUGCUAAGGCCGGCCGCGCCGGCGCAAAGCUCACUACUAUCGAGUCCAUGAUUGCCGGCGCCAUCGCCGGCUCGGCGACCGUCAUCAUGACCAACCCCAUCUGGGUUGUCAACACUCGCGUCACCACCCGCGCCCAGAACGCUGAGACUGACAUCGAGAGCGGCAAGCCCAAGAAGAGCGCUGCCCCCUCCACCAUCGGCACGCUGAUGGCUCUUCUCAAGAACGAGGGUCCCCAGGCCCUCUUCGCCGGUGUCAUCCCGGCCCUCGUGCUAGUCAUCAACCCCAUUCUUCAGUACACUCUGUUUGAGCAGAUGAAGAACCGCGUUGAGCAGCGCAGAAAGGUCACCCCGACCAUUGCCUUCUUCCUCGGCGCCCUUGGCAAGCUCUUUGCCACCUCCGUGACCUACCCCUACAUCACGGUCAAGAGCCAGAUGCACGUCGCUAGCCACAGCACCAAGAAGGAGGGUAUGACCGAGACGCUCAAGCGCAUUGUCCACGAGGAGGGCUAUGCUGGCCUCUACAAGGGUAUUGGCCCUAAGGUCACCCAGAGUGUCCUGACCGCUGCCUUCCUGUUCGCUUUCAAGGAUGUCUUGUACGAGCAGACUGUUAAGCUCCGCAUGGGUCGCAAGGUCGCCGCUAAAUAA